AUUUUAGCUGAUGUCACGUGACAUAAGGUUCACAUCUACUUCUUCUAACCGGUUGUAACUAAAUUCCCCUCCAUCCUGUUUUCUCCUUCUGAAGAAGUGGCGGACCCAGACUGCACCCCUGUGGAACCUCCGAUAGUACAUCAAGAUCUUUCACUAACCCAGAUUCUCUCUGGGUCCCAGAAAGAGCAGAAUGACUUUUUAAAGUUAUUAAGAUUGCAAAAUUCUCAACAGGCCUUCAAGAUGAUGACUCCGCUUUAUGCUCCUCGCAUCCACAUGGUCCCCAUGGUGGCUACCAGAGAGGGAGUUCUUGUCCCUCUCAACAUACCUCCCCCGCCUAACCAUCCUGCUAUUCAACACCACCUACUGCAAUCCUUCCCUCGUCCUCCGUUACCGCCUCCUCCCCUUUGUUCUCUACCUCCUCCCCAGUACCCCAGCCAGCAGCACCAACCCCCUGUAGCGAGGCUGAAACCAAUACCCCUGUCUACAGUACCUGAUGUGACUCCUGCCUCCCAGAGCUCUUAUAUGGAGGAGCCGGAUAUCGAGGAGUUGGAUUCCUCUCUUACCAGCGGAACAAAGGCUGACACAAAAGAAAACAAUCCCCCCGAACAGAAAACUGAUCGUGUACAAACGCCCGAUGUGGCUGCCAAACAGAGAACUAUUUCUGGGAGCUUGAACCCCGGAGCAGCUGAAUUCUCUCCUCCGGUUCCUAAACCCUCAAACGGUUUUAAUGUCCAAGUUCCAAACCCCUCAAACGGUUUUAAUGUCCAGGCUUCUAAACCCUCAAACGGUUUCAAUACCCAGGCUUCUAAACCUUCAUACGGUUUUGAUACCCAGGCUUCUAAACCUUCAUACGGCUUUAAUGCCACAUUUCCUGGUCCUCUUCACCAUGUGCUGGCUCCCGAUUCCUGGCCCCAGCUCAGUAGACCACACCACCACGUACAGCCCACCCCUCAACAGAUUCCUCCAAACCGCAUGCACGACGCCCUCCUGAGCAGAGCUACAGCUUCACUCAGCUCCCCAGUAGUAGGGGCUCCAAUCAGUGUGCCUGUUAAUGUUGGGGCUCCCAUCAGACCCUCUCAAGAACAAGCUUCUUAUGCUGAGAGGAAGAACUUGCUAGAGCGGAUCAGCGACCUCGAGCUAAUACUUGAGGAGACAACUAAUAAAUACGAUAAAGAGAUCAACCAUAUGAAGACCCAACUGGUAGAUCAGCUUGACGAACACAGCAAAUUAAAAUCUAAAGCUAAGCAAUAUAAACAAGAAGCAAAGAAUGCUCAAGACAUUGUCCAAGAUUUUACCAAGCUGCAAAUUGACCAUGAAAGAAUCUUGAAGCAGAUGGAAGACGAAAGAAAGAACUGGUUGAGUGAAAGAACUGGCAAAUCAGUCGAAUCCAAGAAGCUUAUCGUAACUAUGAAGAUCGAGAUUGAAGAAGCUAAUAAGAGAAACCGUGAAUUGGACACGAGAAGCGUCGCUCUAAGCAAGGAGAACGCUCUGUUGAAGGCAAAGCUACAGCAGAUAGAAAACGAACUUUUCUCUCGUGAUCAAGCCACCAUGAACUUGAGGGGUGAUGUCUUGGAUCUCAACGAGAAGUACAAGGGAACUCAACAGAAACACGUCAUGGAACGGUACAACACGGCCCAACUGCGGCUCCGUAUAGCCUACGCAAACUGUGAGGCUCAGAUAAGAGAGAGAGCCAAGCUGGAGAAUCCCGAGUUCUAUUAUCUGUCUUUGUGGCUGGAGUGUCAGGACAACAUCAAGAUCAGAAUCGACGAUAACAAUCAUUUAUACAAAGAGUACGUGACCUCACUCCACAACUCUCAAGACAUGGAGGUUAAGUUCGAGCAGGAACCACCCUGCCCAGCUAUUGAGACCGCUGUACCGAUGUUACCUCUACAGAGAUUUGAUGAUAUCCUGCUGGGUCGUCCUGCUCCUCCUCUCCCCUCCGCUCCUUCCAACUAUCACCAGAAUGACAGUGAGUUAAAAGUGUUGGCUGAUCUCAUGAGAGACACGAACAUGGCCAGCUUCAUGGCACCUCCCGACACCUCCCAGAUCCCCCACUUCCCGAACUCCUCCCACCUGGUACCCUCCACUCCGGCCCACCUGGUGGCCUCCACACCAGCCAUCCCCUCCUCCAAUACCCACUUCCAGUUCUCCGACCUGGACAUGCCACCCACCAACUCCUCCACCAGACCACCCUCCUCUGGGGGAAGCAGUAACACCAGCAGACCCCCUUCCAAACCUCUCGACCUGGCAGACUUUAUGAAACAGCAGUCACGGCAGCCUGCUGCUCACUUCCAGAUAGCUGACACCUUAUCUCCCGUUGUGUCCGAGACGAGGCAGCCUGCUGAUAAUGUACCGGACUUUGCGAUACCCAGCUCCGUGAUCCCAAACCUAUCUGGUAGCAACAGAUCUUCACCCGCGGCAGCAGCUAUCACUCAACCAACGGAACCCUCCCGGCCUCCGGUACGAGGGCGUGGUAGAGCACGAACCCAGAGAUCCGGACAGAGUACUGUACCCCCUGUUGUAGGUUCCAACCAACCAGUUGGAUCAGUCAGCCCUCGCCAAGUCGAGCAGCCCACUCAACCCAAGGUGCCUGGUCCACCAGCCACGAGAGCUCCCGGUGCGAGGUCCGGUCCAGAGAGGGGGGCUGCUCUCAAGAAUAGGAUAAAGGAGAAAUUCUCUUUCCUUUCAGAAAAGGAGAUAAACAAGUACCUGAAACGAGUAAAAGAAGACACGGACGCACAGGGCAUAAAAGUAACACCCACCAUCGCUCUCCUACGAGUCUCUGAGCUGGUUGAGUUGGACUACCCCUCUACUCCCCUUAACACCUCCGUUCCAGUAGUCCCUGAGAAAACCUGUGUUAUCUGCCACGAGGGCCUCAACCUCAUGGCCGUGUCCCGGCUUGGUUGUGGCCACGAUUUCCACAAGAAGUGUGUUGAUCAGUGGUUUGCUACCCAAAACCACACCUGUCCCACCUGCAGGUCUCACGAGCCUCCUGUCGACAUGUUCCCGCCUCUCACAAGGUGAUGUCGACAUCUUCCCGCCUCUCACGAGGUGAUGUCGACAUGCUCCCGCCUCUCACGAGGUGAUGUCGACAUGUUCCCGCCUCUCACGAGCCUCCUGUCGACAUGUUCCCGCCUCUCACGAGGUGAUGUCGACAUGUUCCCGCCUCUCACGAGGUGAUGUCAGUCUAGUUUUAGGCCUAUUUGUGGGGAGGCGUCUCCUUUCGCCACAUUUAAGUUAUAAUAUACAUAAUAUUAUUUAUACACUGUUAUUUUAUUAGAUUGUUCUAAUAUCUUGUCACCGGGGUUGUUAUAGUUGUCCUUAAUGCGAACAGAUUGAUUUUGAUACGAAUUCUGAAUUCAUGAGCAGCAGGGACAAAAGGAUUUCGCGAUUAUUUUGGCCAAAAAUCGCGGUACCGCGAAAUUUAACAGGCUGUACAUUAAAGUAUACAUAAAAUUUGUCGCGGAGAAUGGGAAAUUUCGCGAUUUCGUACAUGCCGCGAAAUCCUUUUGUCCCUGAUGAGCAGCUGUAUUCAAGGAAACCGUUCCAUUUAUUCAGUCAAUAUAUCUGAUCGGAAAUAUGGGAUUUGGACAUUGAAUCAUUGAAUGUUAAUAAUAUAAACUCCUUUUUAUUCGGUUUGAUAAAGGUUAUUUUUAAUUUAUUGUUGCUACUGUCAGACCUCUGUUGUAUGUGUGGCAUGUACUCGUUGUUUGAUGUCAUAAAUUAUUUUCGCCUAACUAAAUGACACUUAAAUCGUACAAUGACCGAGAUUAUUUAUCGCGCCUAGCUAGUGGCAGUGCAAUUAGAAGAGGUCUGACUGUACUUGUUAAAUUGAGUUCUCGAUAUAAGAGCGCAAACAUUUAAAAAACAAAGAACUUUAAUGUUACGGCUCAUUAAUUGUUGCAAUUUCUGAACCUGUCUUUCAUUAACUAGGUACAUGAAAAUUAUCUUCAAGUAUAGUACUGUACUUACAGAUUGAGAGUUUAAAGUACAGUAUUUUGAGUCACUGUAAGUGGCUGUUUACACUUACAGCUCAGUUUGAAGUUACGGCAGUAGCCAAAUAGCCAAGUAGCCCGACAUGUGUUCGCGAACAGGUAUCAGAGGUUAGGGUUAACCCUAACCCUAACACACCUGUUCGCGAACACAUGUCGCGCUACUAUGAUGCUGCCGAAGUUACGACAUUUUACACGCUGCAUUUUUACUCAAAUCCAGCUGUGGAAUCAGCUUGUUUUUAAGGAAGUUCACAUUUUUAUUGUGUUACUUUAUACUUAUCCUAUCAACAUAAUAUUACAUGAUUUCACUAUUUUUAUCUUAAAUUUAUCGCAG